AAUCUUUUUGUUUUAUGCUUUGUUCAGCAGAACGUAGCGUUUAUGAUUUAAUUUAGCACUACAUUUGCCACUCCAAAACAGAAAAAAACACUCUUGAUUAGUGUUUAUUUACACGUUAACUUUGGAUGGAAAUUUAUAAACGGGUGAAAGUAUUGGUGGGACAUCAUCUGACGCUGUGGUUAUAUUAGGGUACAAAAUCUCUAAAUCCUCACAAACUUACCAAGGGGAUUUAGUCCGUACUUGUACCAUCCUAUCCAAAAUCAGUGUUCACCUUAGUGAUGAACCUGCAUCACCUGUUUAUCGAGCUGUUACAUGUAGCACUAUGAAAUAAACGACACAAAACAUCAGCAUUUCGCAACACAGGCAGGAAUUAUCGGUACCAACAGUAAACAUAUUAGUCAUUAUUAUAUACCCAUCAAUGUAUCGUUUUCUGAUACUGUGGAUUUCACAGAGUGUGAUCCGGUUUUGUGGAAAUAUUGAUUGUAUUUUUGAUAAUUUGGAUUACAGUCAUUAUCUUAUAAAUGUGGAUUUAAAAUACAUAAGGGGGUAUAUAAUGAAUGUAUCAUGUAAGAGGUACUGAGGACCUAUUCUAACCCGGAUCCCCAUGGGACGUGACGUGGAUAACUGAAGAGUCCCAACUUUCACUCGUUCAUUUGGCAAGAGAUGAUGAAACAAAUUAUAUGUCCUAUUUCUAACAUUAUUAAUUUUAAAAUGUCCUUUAAGAUACAUUUGAAUAUUGAAUGAAUAAUACGUUCUAACAUCAGUAUAUAUGAAAUAUCUGAAUUCAAAUUAUCAAACAAACAUAAUUUUUCUCAAAUAGUACAUUAAUUAAUCUUAACUUUAGCAAUGUUUUUUUUUUUUUUUACAUUCGAAUAAUCCCACAUAAACAUGUCAUUUUAAGAAGUUUUUUUUUAAAAGCGUUAUACAUGUAGGAUACCCAAGAUUUCGGACGAAUCAAAUAAAGAAGGAUUUUGUUUACGUGGGAUUUCUUUUUCCUAUGUGUUUUAACUACAUCAAAACGUUUACAAAUAUUUAGGAAACUUCUAUAUCAAAAUUUGUUUUGCGUCCUAUGUCCUUAAGGUGGUGAUUAUCAAAAACAUUUAAGUAUAUUGCAAAUUUUGACACUUUUACACCUGAACACAAUAGGAAACGAUACAUAAUUGCGUAUUUAUGUCUUCAAAAACUUAUUUUCAUACAUAUCCCGAAUGGGUGAUAAAUAUCUCAUCUGGACGAUUAGAUCCUAUAUGUUCAAGAAUUGAUGUAUUCUGCGCUGCUCUAUCCAAGUUAUUUACCAUAUCUACAAUGUCGUGUAAUACAUGCAGAGGAAAAUAAUUCUCUCCAAUGCCAUAUCUGCUAACUAUUGUCAUUGAUAUAAGCAUAUCUGCUAACUAUUGUCAUUGAUAUAAGCAUAUCUGCUAACUAUUGUCAUUGAUAUAAGCAUAUCUGCUAACUAUUGUCAUUGAUAUAAGCAUAUACAAUAUUGUAUAUUUAUACCAUAAUCAUUGAACAUAGAAUUAAAGAAAAACUAUGCUAAAACUCUUUUUUUCCAAGGACCCGCGAAACAUCGACUCACAAACUAAGAAAAUGAAGUAGUGGACCCUCAUUUAGUGAUCUCAGUUAAACUCCACCCAUCACUCAUUCCAUUGUUUAAGCGCUCCAUUAUUCAAAAGGGAUUGAGAGUUUCAGAUAACUACUUAGUAAUGUUCUGUUGGGUCCAAUUUUAUCAUUUCUAUGAACAAGUUUCCCCUUGAUAUCUCUCUGCCAUUGUGGGGCGUUUGCACUUUAACACUUUAAGCAAUGAAGAGGUAAUCGGAUAUUAACCCAACCUAUGUACAUAAACACUAUUGAGGUUCCAUAUCACGAUAGGCAGUGUUUACAUUGAUAUACCGGUUUGAAAAUAUAGCACGUAUGUCAUGGAUCUCUGUACUGUGUUUCUCGCCAUCGCGGUGAUUGUGUUGUAUAUAUGGUGGAAGAAAACUUCCCGGGACCCCGCCUUACCCCCCGGGCCGCCUACUGUGCCCUUUGUGGGAAAUAUUCUGUCCAUAUCCCCUGGCUCGAUGUUGGAGAAUUUCCAGACUUACAGGAAGAGGUAUGGAGAUGUUUUCAGUCUGAUUACUGGCACCAAAACAAUGGUCAUUGUGAAUGGAUUAGACACAAUCCGAGAUAUUUUUAUCAAACAUGGUGAUAUUGUUUCUGAAAGACCGGAUAUUUUUGCAGCCAAAGAAAUAGCUAAGUAUAAAGGUAUCAUUCUAUCAUCAGGGGAAUUCUGGAAAGAACAUAGAACAUUUUCUCUCAAUGCACUCAGGGAAUUUGGAUUUGGAAAGCGAAGUUUGGAAUCGAAGAUAAUGGAAGAAGUGGGUGUUCUUGUUCAGGAACUUCAGUCACAGAAUGGACAACCGUUCAAUAUUCAAACGUUGAUCACAGCCUGCAUCUCGAAUAUUAUGUGUUCUAUCAACUUUGGUCAGAGAUUUGAACACGACGACAAUCGUUUCCUGUCCUUACUUGAAAUGAUAAACGAAAGUCUGAGCAAUGGUAACUUACUGUUUAUAGCGAGUAUUUUUCCAUUUUUGAGGUACAUUCCUGGAGAUCCCUUGAAAUUAAGGAAAGUGUUACACAACGUCGACGUAGUUUCGGAUUAUAUUUAUCAAAGUAUAAAAAGCCACGACGAUAGCUUUGAUGAGAAUAAUAUCAGGGAUUUCAUCGACGUUUACAUGAAGAAACUAAAAUCUGAGGAAAGCAACCCACACACAACGUUUGAUGUUGAACAGGUGAUGAAGGUUGUUAUGGAUCUUUUCGUAGCUGGAACAGAGACAACAUCAACUGCACUACGAUGGUUUGCCGUAUUCAUGAUCAGAAAUCCGGAAGUUCAGGAAAAGAUCCGCAAAGAAAUCAAUGACGUCAUAGGCGAUUCUAGGUAUCCUAGCAUGAAUGAUAAACCGAAUUUGCCAUACACAGAAGCUGUUCUUCACGAGGUCCUCCGCAUAGGAUGCAUUGUGCCUUUAUCAAUACCACAUGGACUUAAGGAAAAUUUGAAAUACAAAGAUUUUAUUAUUCCAAAAGACGCUAUUUUAAUUCCAAAUUUACAUUCUAUUCUCUUUGACUCAGAAAUGUUUGAAAAUCCCAAGGAUUUUCAACCCGAAAGAUUUCUAGAUGUUGAUGGCAAACUUAAAAAUGUCGAUAAAGUACUGGUAUUUUCAUUGGGUCGUCGUGUUUGCCUGGGUGAAUCUCUGGCUAGGAUGGAGCUGUUCUUGUUUGCUACAACUUUAAUACAGCGAUUUCAAAUCCUCCCCGCUGAUCCCGCUCACCUGCCUUCAUUAGAGGGGAAUUUGGGAGUGACUUACUAUCCAAUGGAAUUCUCACUCAGGGCAAUUAGUACUUAAUGACGCCUUGAAGAAGCAUAUUAAGUAUUGUAAACUCGUGCUUAAGACAGACAAAUAUAAAACUUUAAAGUGAUUAUAUAUCUAUCGAUGUUUGAAACAAUUGCAAGAGUAGUAUUGAUGCAUGCGUGUAUUUUUUAGAUUGUAUUUUUUCAUUCAGCAUUGUAGUUUUGCGUGAUUGCUACAGAGUAUACACAUACUGCAUUUAAUCACAGAAUAGAAUGGAAUAUUCUGUCCAUGAAUUAUGGAUUGAUGCCGAUGCACAUAUUCAUACAUAAACAUCAUUUCUGGUACUGGACAUUUGUAAGAAGGGCUAAGUUUUACAGUUAACGGCUGACGUGGACAAAAGGCAUACUAUCUGGAAACCUUAUUGUGACAUGUCUGUACACAUGAAUAGUCUUCAUUUUCCAGUUACUCCUCUUCCACCGGAAAUUGAGGACGCGCUUACCAUUGCGGUCCAAGGUUCAAAGCAUCACAUAAAUAGAAUUAACAGAUAGUGUAUUGUAAAGCUUACGUUACCAAAUACCUAGUUAUGCUGAGUUUUAAAAGGUUGUAUUAUAUCUAUAAGAAAUACACGGUUUGAUUUCCUCAAAUGAAUGGAGAAAACAUUUUAAAAUAAGCACUUCGUCAAAUUGUAGAGUUGGGGAAGAGGGUUUAGAGGAGUAGUUGUCGUUUAUUUCUGCCCAAGGUUUGAUGCAAUUAAUACCAAGAAUUUCAGUAGUAAUCUGUUUUGAAAACAACCGACACCUAGAAUUAAAAGCACAAUGAAAGCAUGAGAUAUAAUCAGUCACGUUGCAUCGUUUGAAGGGGAGAGAAAAGUUAAAUUCAUAAUAUUGCCUGAAAAUUCUUGACAAGUAAAUUUUAAAAAAUCCAAAGCUCGAGGAGGAAGACAGGAAGGAUUCAUCUUUCCAUCCAUUGGUGAAAUUUUACAUUACCACUAUCAUUCACGAUCGACAAUGCUGGUUAUAAAAAAGGGGGCGGUAACCAGCCUAUCUAUAGAUCGACCACUGUACUUAAAAAUAACCAAAUUUGCAUGUAAUAAUAAUAUAGGGCAGACCCAUUGUUGCUACGUGCCUGAUAAUCAUUUUUGUGCUCAUUUGAGUAAUUGAAAAGCUCUAGCUCAAGAAAAGCUCUAAGUUAACACAAAAUUUAAUUUUCAAAAGAUUGAAUCACACGCGUAAAAAAUAUUUCAACAGAAAUACGUAUGUAUUACACUAGAGGUACCACUUCGAGAUAAUUGAUAUGUUCUGCUUAUUGGCACCUGGUGUACAUUCAGCAACAAGUAGUUUUGCCUAGUGUGAAAUGAUAAAGUAAUAACAUUAUACAUGUAUGCGUUAAACGUAUAAGUGUUUUCAGGCAUAUCAUAUUGUGUUUUGGUUGUGGUAAAUAUUGCUAAAACUUAAUGAUGAAGAAUUGCUGAUAUACUAAAGACAGUUUGUUUCUGA